CGUCAAAGAAGAAGACUCAGUUGCAUCUUGGCUGACGACUCACGUAGAGGCAACUGCCAUCUCGUGAAGGAGGAGGAGAAGAAGAAGAGGGGUUUUUUUACAUUUUGGGGGGAGAAGUCCCGUAGCUUCGAGGAACUCACUGGACGUCUGGAGCGAACCGGGUCACCUGUUGUCAAUUAGCAUUACAAGGAAAGGCGCAGAGGAUUUGACAAGAUGGUGCUCGCCGUCGUGGGUGCCCUGGCAGGCAUAGCCAAGGUGAGGUAUUCGUACACGCCCGUCGACAGCCACGUCUUCCGCCUCCACUACCGGUGGACGGCCACGUUCUGCUUCGCCUGCUGCGCUCUCGUCGUGGCUCAGGAAUAUAUAGGGAACGCCAUCGAGUGCAUUGUCCGCAACCCAGAGGAACUAAAGCCUGUUACCACCUACUGCUGGAUCUCUUCUACUUACACUCUGAACUCAACUAGCCCUGUCGCGAGAGGUGUUGGACGGUAUGAUCCACGUGUCCACGAACGUAAAUUCCACUCUUACUACCAAUGGGUUCCUUUGGUCCUUUUUUUACAGGGAUGCCUUUUCUACAUGCCCCAUCUGAUCUGGAAAUGGUAUGAGAACAAGCAGUUGGAUUCUCUCCUGCAAGAUCUGAACAAAGGCAUCUUCCACAUCGAUGCUGACAAGAAAAAGGAGAACAUUUUACAGUACAUAAGAGAAUCUUGGGGCCUUAAUACCCACUACGUUACCGUCUACCACAUAUGCGAGGCAAUCAAUUUCAUCAGUGUUCUCUUGCAAAUGUAUGCGAUGGACAGAUUCUUUGGCGGCAUCUUCUGGAACUAUGGCCCAAAGGUGCUCGACGUGCUCGGAAAGAGCGACACUGAGAGACACGACGCUCUCGUCACGGCGUUCCCCAGGGUGACAAAGUGUGACUUCUACAAAUUCGGACACUCUGGAACCGUCGAGCUUCUCGACGUCCUCUGCGUUCUGCCGCAGAACGUCGUCAACGAGAAAGUAUUUCUCGUCUUGUGGGUCUGGUUCGUCUUCCUGGCUGUUAUCACAGGGCUUUGGCUGAUCUGGAGAUUGGUGGUGCUGUACAGCUCUUCCCUCAGGCUGCGCCUUCUGCAGCAGCUAGCCAAAGGCAGAUUCUCCGACAGGAUCGUGAAAGCGAUCAACCUCCUGAGCCUGGGUGACUUCUGCCUGCUGGAGAACAUUGGCUACAACCUAGACGUCGUCAGUUUCAGGGACAUCGUUCGGGGUAUCCCCGACGCCGGCGAGUAUUAUUCGCCAAGCGCUCCGCUAGAUUCUGGAACGUACCGAAGAUUUCCCACUGUUAGCGAACUGGAGCCCCACCCUAAGAGUCUUCACUUUGAUGAUGCUCACUAGGGCCAAGAUAAACUCCUCUGGGAAUCCUCUUCCUGCUUCUGUUUCCUGUCACUUUUAAGGAGCAGUUCUACCUUCAAGUUUUAAGCCUCACCUGUUUAUUCUCUCUUCCCGGUCAUUCCCCUUUUUCAUUGUGGUCUGGGCUAAUAAAGAUUGGGUUACUUGUGCCAUUUAGCUUUUACUUAUGGAAAAUGGGCAACCUCUUCUGUGUAAUGGGGGCUGAUUCUGUUAGAUCAUUGCAUAAAAAUUCCAUAACCUAGAUGUUGCACGUAUAUCAAGCACAGUUACUUAUGCUCAGCUGCAGCUAGGAAAUCAUCUAAUUACAGAUUGGAUCCCACAACCCUAGAUUGCAAGAAGAUGACAUUGCAACUUGAUCAGUAAUGUGUAAACUAUAUAAUAAAAUCAUUACACCUGUU